AUGAGUUCCCGUAUGUCCAAACCCCUCAUCCCCAUCGACAUCAAGCAGUUCAUUCGAAAUGUGCGAGCGGCCAAAACUAUCGCUGAUGAGCGAUCAGUGAUCCAGAAGGAGAGUGCGGCAAUUCGGGCCAGCUUCAGGGAAGAAAGUGCGGAUUCAAACGUAAGUGAUUUGAACAACUCGAAUCAAUAUGUCGUCGCCUCUGUCGAAAUGUCGAGGGACCUAUUUCCCGAAGUAGAGUCGCUCAUAUCCACUGCGAAUCCCUAUAUCCGCAGAAAAGCUGCCCUUUGUGCUAUGCGUAUAUGUCGAAAAGUCCCCGAUCUCCAGGAACAUUUUAUAGAUAAAUCCAAGGCGCUUCUGUCGGAUCGGAACCAUGGAGUCUUACUAUGUGGCCUCACUCUCGCGAUCGAGUUCUGUGAAGAUGACGACGCAGAAGGCGGGCAUGAGGUUAUUGAAAAAUACCUUCCACUGGUGCCUGGACUCGUGAGAGUGUUGAAAAGCCUUACGACAUCUGGAUAUGCUCCAGAGCAUGACGUGUCAGGCAUCACCGACCCAUUCCUGCAGGUAAAGAUACUUCGGUUCCUGAGAGUCCUCGGCAGGGGUGAUGCGGCGACAAGCGAAUUAAUCAAUGACAUCCUUGCCCAAGUCGCUACUAACACGGAGUCCUCUAAAAAUGUGGGCAACUCCAUUCUCUACGAGGCUGUCUUGACAAUUCUCGAUAUCGAAGCAGACUCUGGUCUUCGGGUGCUAGGAGUCAACAUCCUUGGCAAAUUCUUAGCUAAUAAGGAUAACAAUAUUCGAUAUGUAGCACUCAACACUCUCAUCAAGGUGGUAGCUGUUGAGCCAAACGCUGUCCAAAGACACCGAAAUACCAUCCUAGAGUGUUUGCGGGACGCCGAUAUUAGUAUACGAAGACGUGCUCUGGAUCUUAGCUUUACGCUAAUCAACGAAGGCAAUGUCAGAGUGCUUGUCAGAGAGCUCCUGGCUUUCCUUGAAGUCGCUGAUAAUGAGUUCAAGCCGGUCAUGACAACCCAAAUUGGAAUAGCUGCGGAUCGAUUUGCCCCCAACAAAAGAUGGCAUGUUGACACUAUGCUUCGAGUCCUAAAACUUGCAGGCAAUUAUGUCAAGGAGCAGAUUUUGUCAUCUUUUGUCCGCCUGAUUGCAACAACUCCCGAGCUCCAAACAUAUUCCGUACAAAAACUCUAUGCUAGUUUAAAAGAAGAUAUCUCGCAAGAAGCCUUAACUUUAGCUGCUUCCUGGGUUAUAGGCGAGUAUGGAGAUGCUCUUCUCCGUGGUGGCCAGUACGAGGAGGAAGAACUAGUGAAGGAAGUGAAGGAAAGUGAUAUAGUGGACCUUUUUACCAAUAUACUUAAUAGCACCUAUGCUACUCAAACAGUGACGGAAUACAUUAUAACGUCUGCAAUGAAAUUAUCGACAAGACUCUCCGAACCCGCGCAGAUCGAACGUAUUCGACGUCUCCUUAGCAGUAGAUCUGCAGAUUUGAGUGUCGAAAUCCAACAAAGGGCUGUGGAGUACACCAAUCUGUUUGGGUACGACCAAAUAAGGCGUGGCGUAUUAGAGAAGAUGCCCCCACCUGAAAUCCGCGAAGAGCAGAGAGUCCUAGGAGAAGCAACCAACAAAAGGCAAAGCAGAUUGCUGAGAGACAAAUCAAAAAAGCCAACCAAACCAUCAGAGCAGGAUUUAUUGCUUGACCUUAUGGGUGGCUCCGACGAUAACUCUGCCAACAUCACUGACAAUGCUGGUGGAUCCCAGAACACAGCUGACCUGUUGGCUGAUAUUUUGGGCGGCGACUCUAUUUCCGCUACCACAUCUAGCCAAUUUCAUCCUUCGUCCUCCAAGCCGUCUAAUGUGAGCGGUAUCAUGGAUCUUUUUGGUUCAAACGGCAUAUCCCCGGCACCCCAAGCGCCACAGUCUUCUACAUCGCCAAUGGGACCUCUAGGAGAGCUUAAUUCCCUUCCUGUUCAGACACCUUCCCCAAGCUCCGUGCCCCCCGGCCACACCGUAUUUGAGAAGAAUGAUCUGCUGUUGACACUGCAAAUUCAGCGGAGUGACUCUGGUGCCCAAAUAUUGGCUCGAUUCCGUAAUACAUCUACUUUCGAUCGCUUUUCCGGUGUGGGAUUACAAGUGGCUGUUCCUAAAUCUCAAAAGCUUCAGCUCAAUGCCAUCAACAAGGCUGACCUGGAAAGGGGACAGGAAGGCGUCCAAGGAAUGAAAGUCUCUGCUAUCAAUGGGGUAUGCUUUCCAUAUUUCCGUUUUCUCUCUUUUUUUGCUGGACUCUGA